AAAGUCAAGUGAAUGUUUCACAUUACUCUUUACGUCUGAUGAAAUUACGUCUCUAAAUGUUUAUGGAAACAAGAGUAAUAUACACGAGGGAUAAUAUGCACUUUUCAAUAUAAUAGACGUCGAAACAGUCGCCAGAACAUUUUAAAGUGAAAGUAAAUUAAAACGAAAGUAUUAAGUUGAGAACAAACUUUCCAAGUCACGGCAAGUGCGUCACUGAUAAAUCAUGGCAGCAAAUCUUGCGGGGUUAGCAAUUAUCCCCUACUAUAAACAUUUAAUGGAAAUAAUGGAAACUAAUGAAGAAAUAAAGAAGACAAGCAAAGGUAUAUUUAAACAGAUGGCGUGGGCUGCAGGGGCCACAUGUUUGGGUGGGGUGGUUGCCGGGCCACCAGGGGCUCUUGUUGGGGGAAUAGCAGGAUCAUUGCUUGGGUACAUGCAGUCUGAUGAGUACAGCUCGAUGUUGAAGGUGCUGCGUAACCUUACCGAUGAGGAUAAGCAGAAUCUUGUUAACAAAAUCCAGGAGUUGGUCGGCAGUUCUGCCCUGGAGGCACUCACAAACUUCAUUGGUACACAAGUUCAGAGGGAGAUGCUGCUCAACCUGAUCAAACAGUUUCUGAACAACAAGGGUGGAGGAUAAUGCUCCGUCUAAAAUAAAGGGGGGAAGGGGGGUGGGGAGGUUAAUGUAGAGGGAGGAUAAUAGGGUAAAGGGUCCAUCUACAACAAUUGGGGUGGGAGGGAUUAUGGUCAAUCUCGUACAACAAGGGGACAUAACGGUCCAUCUGAAACAACAAGGGAAAGGAUAACAGUCUAUCUCGUUCAACUAGUGGGGGGGGAUAAGGUUCCAUCUGCAACAACAGGUGGGAGGGAAAUUGGUCCUUCUUGAACAAAAAGGGUAGGAAAACAGUCCAUCUAAAAAGCAGGGGGAGGAAAACAGUCCAUCUCAUCCCUUCUGGAACAACAAGGGAUAGGAUAAUGGUCCUUCUGGAACAACAAGGGGGAGGAUAAUGGUCCUUUUCAAACAACAAGGGGGAGGAUAACGGUCCUUCUGGAACAACAAGGGGGAGGAUAAUGGUCCUUUUCAAACAAGGGGGAGGAUAACGGUCCUUCUGGAACAACAAGGGGGAGGAUAAUGGUCCUUUUCAAACAAUAAGGUGGAGGAUAACAGUCCUUCUGGAACAACAAGGGAGAGAAUAAUGGUCCUUCUGGAACAACAAGGUGGAGGAUAACAGUCCUUCUGGAACAACAAGUGAGAGGAUAAUGGUCCUUCUGGAACAACAAGGUGAAGGAUAACAGUCCUUCUGGAACAACAAGGGAGAGGAUAAUGGUCCUUCUGGAACAACAAGGUGAAGGAUAACAGUCCUUCUGGAACAACAAGGGAGAGGAUAAUUGUCCUUCUGGUACAACAAGGGGGAGGAUAAUGGUCCUUUUCAAACAACAAGGGGGAGGAUAACGGUCCUUCUGGAACAACAAGGGGGAGGAAAAUGGUCCAACUCAAACAGUGGGGGGGGGGGGGGGGGGGGAUAACAUUCCAUCUUACCUUCUGCAUUGAAGCAUAUCAGUAGGUUUGUGGUAUAAUCAUAACAUAAACUGUCAACACUUAUUUUCUUGAAAUCACUUUGCUCUUAAGAUACAAUUUUAUUCUGAGAAUGAAAAUGCUAUGUUUGUUUAUACAUAUACGGUGUACAAAGAAUGUUUACAUGAAAUUAUUUGUCCUCUUUAGAUACUGUUAUGUUCUGAGAAUGAAAAUGUGAUGUUUGUUAAUAAAUAUGGUGUGUGCUUGCAAAGAAGUUUUUACAUGCAACCAUUUGUUGUAUUUGUACUACUACAGUAACUUGUUAUGGAACUAUUUGAUAAUCAAAAUGAAAUAAAUGUGCAGAAAGUUUAA